AUGACUAAACCAAAGUUUCGUUCACAAAGCGAUACAUUAUGCAGAAAUCCUGUAAGAACAUUUGAUAAAGCCCAAACUGUGGAAUCAAGUUGUCAUACAGAGGAUCCGGACCUUAAAAUUGUUAUCAUAGAAGCAUUAAAAGGCACCUUAUUUACUGAACCAAUAAUAGAAACGAUUGUGAAAGAUCUGGAAGAUAAAUCAAAAUUAGAAAUUUUGACGGAAUCUUUUACAGAAGAAACGAGAUUAGAAAGUAGCCCUACAAGGUCAGCAAUUGAAAGUUUAACAGGACCAGAGUACCAACCACCCAAAAACCAACCAGAGUCUAUUAAAAGAUUGAAAAGAAAAAGAAGAGAGUCGAAUCCAGAUAUUUGGAAUAAAAAUAUUCAAAAGCAGAGAAGAAUGGAAGGUAAAGUUACAAAGGACUUGAGAAAAAAGAAAGAAAGUGGGUCUUUGGAAAGGACAGACAGGAAAGAUUACUUACACCACGUACUUGUUCAAAGAAAUGUGAGAAAAACAAAGAGUGUGCGAAAAUUUCGGAUGAAGAUAGGAGUGAAAUAUUGUCUGGUUUCUGGCAAAAGCUGGAUUGGAAAGAACGUCAACUGUAUGAAUGAUUGCGCUGCUACAGGAGAGACACCAGCAUCGUCUGGUAUACUAAAAGCUGUGUUUAAUGAGAAAAUUAUCGGCCUGUUUAAUCCGAAAAAAGAUCAAUGUGAUCUUUGUUGUGGAUAUGAAGUGGAUAAUAUCUCCCAACAAGAUUACGAACAUCACCAAGCACAUAAAGAAGCUGCUUCAGAAAAGUCUGAAGAUAAAGCUAGAUGUCAAUAA